AUGACAGAGCGCGUGGCAGCAUCUGUUUUUAGUGGCUCUCUGUCCACGACGCUUAAGCCAACCAACACGCCUCCAGCAGUACUUAGCCCAUUACAGAUGGGCAGUAUAGCUUUCAGUCCAGUUUACAGGGACAUACAACAAUACAUCCAACAGCAGCAGCCUCCUCCCCCUCCCCAGCAGCAUAGGCCUUCUGUCCCUCAAAAUCCUGUCAACGUCUCCCCCCAUCAGCCCCACCUUGCCCCCGUACAAAAUUCAUCGCCGGCACCUCCCCUAGUAUUGUCAAAUAAUGCUCAGCCCCUUUCCCUCCCCGGGGGUCAAAUUUCACCUCUCAAUGCCGUGCCCCCCGGGAAAGACAGGUCACGUCCCCGAGGUCGUAUGACCCCGUAUGCUUUCUUUGUACAAGAGAGGAGAGAGUAUUAUCGUCGUCACGGAGUCCCCGUCGAAUUCACAGCUUUCUCUAAAGAGUGUUCCUCUCUUUGGAAAGAACUCAAAGAUGACGAGAAGUCUCGGUUUCAAAAGAUGUCGGAGGACGACAAAGAGAGGUUCAGGAAAGAGUCUGCAAGUUACCACGCGAGCCUCGGUCAGCCAUACAGAGACUCAAACUCAAAGAGAGGAAGGAAGAGAAAGGAGCCUGGACAGCCAAAGAGAAAUAUGUGUGCCUUCCUUCAUUUUUGUGCCGAAAAGAGGCCUAAGUUACGAGUUGAAAGCCCCGCUGCCAGUAUUGGUGCUUUGGCUAAGCAGCUGUCUCUAGCAUGGAAAGUCAUGACUCCGGAUCAGAAGCGACCGUAUGAAGACAUGGCCAUGAGGGACAAGCUCCGUUAUGAGCAGCAGAAGCAGGCCUAUGAAGCAGGUUACUCUGCAGCUGUCACUCAACAGGGAGCCCCAGGAACAGGAGGAGGAGGAGGAGGCGGAGCUAACUCAACUUCAUCCGCCCCAGCAGCUCCUACCUUAGGCAACGCAGCUGCCCUCUCUCGUGCUCAGUUUGAUGGACAGAAGCCUAUUUAUCAUCCAAGAAGGAAGAGAAAGGAUCCUGAUAUGCCUAAGAGAAACAUGUCAGCGUUCAUGUUUUACAGCAAGGCUAAGAGACCACACCUCCGAGCUCAGAAUAUGACGCUGAGGGUCGGACAGCUAGCACAAAUCCUUGCCGCCCAGUGGAAGAUAAUGAGUCCCUCAGAGAAGAAACAGUUUGACGACAUGGCUAGGAAGGACAAGGAGCGGUACGAGAUGCAGCUGAAGGCUUACAGAAAAGGAGAGUACAUUCCAAUGUCGGAUCAGCACGACAUUGAUCAGAUCUGUAACAUGUAUCAGUGAUUGGGGGCGUGGUAGUAGGCGGGGCUAAGUUGUGAAUUGUGAACGUGAUAUCAUUAUUUUUUUUUUGAUUUGUAUUCUCCUUCUUUUGUACUGACACAC